CUUCGCCGUCGCCUCCUGCCGCAGCUGGCUGCAACUGUAUAACAGCCAAGUACAUCUUGCACGGAAAGCCGCGUUUCCAUCUGCAGUUUAAAAAUAUUUUUUACAAAAAUCCAACGGAAGGUAGUUAACGACGAUGCGACACCUUGCCAUGCCCGAGUUUUAACGCGUCUCGUACGUGCCGAGAGCUGGCUACAGUUUCUCUGGAGGCGAGGUCCCCGAAGGGCGCUCCCGACUGCAUCCUGGAGACCUGCGCUCUGCUCGCCCCUCAAACGCAGAGUGAACUGUGAGCAGGAGGCGCCAUGUCUGCUCCAGGUGCUGAGGAUGACAUCCCUCUCGGCGAGAGGAAGACCGUCACGGACUUCUGCUACCUGUUGGACAAGUCCAAGCAGCUCUUCAAUGGACUGAGGGAUCUGCCACAGUACGGGCACAAGCAGUGGCAGUCGUACUUCGGGAGGACCUUCGACGUGUACACCAAACUCUGGAAGUUCCAGCAGCAGCACAGGCAGGUGCUGGAUAACCGGUAUGGCCUGAAGAGAUGGCAGAUCGGGGAAGUGGCUUCCAAAAUCGGACAGCUGUACUAUCACUACUACCUACGCACUUCGGAAACUAGCUACUUGAAUGAAGCUUUUUCCUUCUAUUCGGCAAUAAGGCAAAGGUCUUACUACUCCCAAGUCAGUAAAGAGGACAGGCCAGAGCUGGUGGUGAAGAAACUGCGGUACUAUGCACGGUACAUUGUGGUUUGUCUCCUGCUCAACAAAAUGGACCUGGUGAAGGAUUUGGUGAAGGUACAGGGUGCCUCUGACGACAACACUGUGGUGAUCACCUCCAACCGGCUGCAGGAGGGGGGAGUGCCGCAGCUGGAGCAGGGCAUGAUCGUGGGACAGCUCACCCUGGCAGACGCCCUCAUCAUCGGCAACUGCGCCAACCAGGUGAAAUUCAGUGAGCUGACGAUUGACAUGUUCCGAAUGCUCCAGGCCCUGGAGAGAGAGCCAGUGAACUUGGCCACGCAGAUGAACAAGCCAGGCACUUUGGAGACGAGCGAGAAGCCGGCCAAGAGGGAGAACCCUCACAAGUACCUGCUGUAUAAGCCCACCUUCAGCCAGCUCUACACAUUCCUCUCCGCCUCCUUCAAGGAGCUCCCCGCCAACAGCGUGCUGCUCAUCUACCUCUCCGCCACUGGAGUCUUCCCCACAGGUCGCUCUGAUUAUGAAGGUCCCUAUGACUUCGGGGGGGUCCUCACCAACAACAACCGCGACCUUCUGAACGGCGAGACGGUGCACAAGAGGAGCCAGGCGCACAAGGAGAUGCACUGUCUUCACCCAGGAGACCUGUAUCCUUUCACCCGGAAGCCUCUCUUUAUCAUUGUGGACUCCUCCAACAGCAUGGCGUACAAGAAUUUCACAAACCUGUUUGGCCAGCCUCUGGUUUGUUUGCUUUCUCCGACCACGUAUCCUAAGAGCAUGCAAGAUCAGUCUCAGCGCGGCAGCCUCUUCACCCUCUUCCUCUACAACCCGCUCAUGGCCUUCCUGCACGUCUGCGGCCUGUCCAGCAUGCGCCGGGGAUUGUGGGACAAGUCCCAGGAGUACCUGCGCAAGGUCUACCGCGAUGUGGGCCAGCUGAUGACCCACUCCCGCGCAAUAGGUACUGCCCGAUAGGAAAUUAUUGGGAGCGAGCUUCUCGACUACACUAUCAAAAGACAGGAAUGGAAAUUUGCCACUGAAAGCAGCUUCUGGUGUUCCUUACAGGAGACCAGGAGCUUCCCCGAGACCUAUCCCCAACUUCCCAAGGAAGAGACUGUGGAAAGUCCAAUGAUCCAGAAGCACAUCCUGGAGCUGGCCACCAUGCUGGACGUUCAGAACUUGUUCAUUGACAGCACGCUCAGUGAUUAUUGAGCUGGCUUCCUUUUUAAUCAUCCUUGUGUUUUAUAGACCCUUUUUUUUUUCUUUUGGAAGUGUCCAGUGGUUGGUUUUUGUCUUCCCUAAUUGAUUCUCUUUCUACUUUUUAGAGGAGGAACCCUGGGAUAUUGAUCUGACCAUGUGUCUGUGUCCCUGUGUAGCUUACGCACACAGGGAAACACCAACACCCUCAAGCACGUCAGUUUUACAGCUCUCUUUGUGAGGAUAAUGAAACUUAAAAAAAAAGCACUGCCUGCGACAUUCCUAAAGGCAACGUCCAACAUUUAAGUCUAAAAUUUAGACUUUUUUUGCAGUUCCUAGAUGUAGGACAGUGUCUCUUUUUUGGUAGCUGUGAUCCAUGUUUACAAGAUUCAUUUUUAGACUGCAGUUCUGCAUGUGCAUAUUAAACGGCUGUUUUGUACGGAUAUCGGUAGCCUGCGUUUUGUCCUGAUCCGGUUGUCUUUUUUCGUAAUUAGAGGGUUGCGAGUUUUGAAUGUCUCCUCGGAUCUGCAUGAACAAUUCCGUUUCGGGGCUGUUGAAUAGGUGUCUGGUCCUUUUUUCGACGCACUGCUGCCAGUAACUGCAGUGUCGUGCCUGUUCUCAGUACUUCCUGUGUUGAGCAUGUGACUUUCCAGCUCUUGUGCUGAAGGACUGUGGGCAGACAGUAAAGUUCUAAAGGCCUAGGGAUUAUGUAUUGGACAUUGAAUCCUGCCGUUCAGUGAAAAUCUGUUUCUUAAAACGUUUUGUCAAAGCAAUACGUGCAAUUUACUGAGGACCAUUCUGUUGGUUGAGCCCCUAAAUAUGACACUUUUUCUAGAGCCCAUGCUAUACUGUAGCCUGUCUGUGUGUAGUGAGUACAGUCAGAUGUGGGGUGUUCUGAAUCUAGCUGUUCAUUUGUCCUGUGUGUUGGACAGUUAUUGCAAGAUGGAACCUUUUUCAUUUUUUAAAAAAAGGCCGAAACACGAUGCGGCAAGCAUUUUUUUCGGCAGUACAUACAUCUUUUCUAGUAUCAAGGCUCCUAAAUGAACUUGUUUGUAAUGAGCGAUGCUCAAACCAUCCUGCAGUAAAUGAACCAUGAUGCUGUGCUUUGUCCUGUUGUUAGGAGGUGUGUGUCAAUGUAUAAAUUUAAUCUGUCUUUAUACAUUCCAAGAGGAAAGAGUGUGGUGCUCAGUUGUAUUAUUUGGUUGUUUUUUCCUAUUAAGAAAUGGUGUAUUUAAAAUGCAUAAAUGACCUUUGUUGUUGUUUUUUUAAAAAAAAGAUAGAACAUCAUUGCACUUUAAUGGAUUGUGGCCUGGACUUGUUUUAAUGGCCAAAAUCAAGCGUUCCUCUGCUGUCCAGAGCUGUGCUGUCAAGGAGAGAAAUGCUCCUGUUUCUGGUCAACAACUAUAUUACACCUACAAAUACAGAACAGAAAUAUAGAGGUACUGUAGAGCUCAUUAUUUUAGAUAAUGAUUGCAAUAUGAAAAAAACAAUUGAAAUGAUAACAAAUAAUAAUUUAUAUUGAAAUGGCAGUACUUAUCAAGCACACAUUUCCAUAUGUUUCGUGUAUAUUAAAAUAUGUCAAUAUCUGGAUGCAUUUUCGUUAUACUUUUAUUAUUUCAGUGUUUUUCUGUGGGUCAUUCGUUGAUGUUGCAGAAAACAUUCAGAAUUUAGUUCCGUGAUGUAUUUCUGUAGAUUUCUUUUUCUUUCUUUGUGACAAACUAUUAAAAAUGUUGCGCUUCUCGUUUUUGAAUGGCCUGAAGACUAUUAUUCAGGUCGUGUCUUAAUAGAGGGGAAAGACCCUCCUGGACAGUCUUUAAAAAGCCACGAUUUAAGUGGAUUUCUCUCCUUUACCCCAUGUCCUGAGUUUAAGUAAAGCACAAGACCAAAUCGCGUAUUUUUUAGGCAGAGUCUAUUUUAUUUAGAACAACGUGUUGACCUUUCGCGAAUUGCAAAUACUGUGAGGAUUUAUAAGUCCUGGAAAAGGGAAGUUGGCUCUUGGCCUACCAGUGUUUUUAGGUAUGAAAAUGCCCUGACUUUAAAAUUGUUGGCAGUGCUGUGCAGUGCUCUUUCAUCAGAUAUAAUUUUUAAUCAGCCCUUCAUCCAUUUCAAGAGAGUCAUUAGUUAAAUAAAAGUGAAACAGCCCUCUUGUGAGACAAACGAUUGCAAAUCAUCUUAAGACACAUCUACUUUCUAAACAGAAGUAAUACUCACAUUCUCUAGGUAUCUGAGUAAUUGUGGAUUUUCAUAGUUAUUUAAAAGAUAUAUGGAUCAAUGGUAUGUAACUAGCUUAUAUCAUUAAUGAGAAAAUGUAGGAAAAUUAAUGUUGUUUUUUUGAAGAAAGACCCUCUCUUUAUUGCAGUUGUACAUGAAUGAAUAUAUAUGAUCUGGGUUUUCUGCACUGCUUGUUCAUUAUAUCAAAUUAUAUCUUGAUAACCAGCUAUUUGACCUGCUAAGUCAUAUGUACGUUGGCCUGGUUUUUAAAACAUUUGUAUUUUAGAAGAGCAGGAACACAAAAGAAGGAGCACACACACACCUGCUGCUUUUCAUUCCAGCUGACUUGAAUUACCCCCACUGAAGCCUUAAUUGAACUGACAGGUUGCCCGAUUGGAAUAUUGGCUGGUUUUUCACUUGCUUGUGAAAUGCAGUCGGUAGAGGUGGUCUCCAACACGACGGAGAGAUGGGAAAAAAAACGUCCAACUGUUCAAUUUAAUACAAACAUUAAGCCAACGAAGGCUUCGGUUGUGUAAUUGUGAGCGGGAACAGACACCAGGAGGUGUGUGGGCCUCCACAGACCAGGAUUGGGGGACCCCCUGCUGUAAGGCACUUUUUGGAAAUGGCAGUGUGCAAAACUGGGACUGGCCCUGGCCGGUAUGUGUGGUGGAGGAGUAUACAUGCAGGGCCUCGUCCUCCCUGAGUUGUGUCUGCAAUUCUGAGUUACAAACAACUGCCAUUCCAAAAUUGGGUUGAUGUAAAAUUAGCGGCGAUUCCAAAUGGGUCUAUAUACAGUAUGUCGAGCUAGAACUGAAACAACAGGAUAUCCGAAAUGAGGUACACUUCUCCUUUAAGAUAGAAGGUUUGCUUAUGUGAGGCUCCCACUAUAUUGGGAGUGCUAAAGAGUGACAGAAUGGCCAGAAUACUCUUUGUUUAUAUGUGAUGGGAUUCUACAGUUAAAGAGUUUACUUGAAAUCCGUUUUCUGUUGUCUGGUGUGUCUAGUCACUUACAACUGUGUCCCGUUUGUUGCCAAAUUCUAUUUGAUGUUAUUGUUGUUUAUGGGAAAAAAAGGCUAUGUGAUGAAAACCAAAACAUGCAAGGUUUUUAAAAAAAAAAAAUGUUUCAAGUGAAUGCUAUUGAAGAGUAAUAAAAGUCCGACUGUUUUGUUUA